AUGGCUCAAGUAAAGAGCAUUCGCGGUCGAGAAAUAUACACCCACGAUGGAUAUAUGUACACAUUUGACGCAUAUAAUUUUAAUAAAACAAAAAAAUUUUGGAGAUGCCGAUAUAAAAAUGAUUGUCCUUGUCGUAUUCAUACGUCAACUGAAACGUCCAAGGUGUUAAAGAUUCUAAAUGAUCAUUGCCAUGAUUCAGAGGCAGCUUUGAUUGAAGCAAAUGUAGCAAUUACAAAUAUGAAACAACGAGCUAAAGACACUCUAGAACCAACGUCGAGCGUAAUAAAUGAAUGUACCAGUGGGAUUUCACAAGCGGCUAAGGGAGCGUUAGCAGCAGACGGAGCCAUAAAAAAACAAAUCAGGAGAAUACGUCGUGAAAUACAAGCAGCCCCGGAUGCACCAAAAGACUUGAUGACACUUGUGAUACCUGAUGAAUUUAAAACUUAUUCGCCAUCAGAGGGUAUUGUGGAACAAUUUUUACUACAUGACAGCGGACCAGGUGAAAAUAGGAUUUUAAUAUUUGGUCGUUAUCGGAGCUUAGAAAUAUUAGCUGAAUCUACUAGUUGGUAUGCAGAUGGUACUUUCAAAGUGGCACCAUCACUUUUUUCUCAAAUUUAUGUCAUAUUGGCAAAAUAUAUGAACGGUGUACAUCCUUUGCUUUAUGCGCUUUUACCAGACAAAAAAAACAAACAUAUGAACAGUUAUUACAAAUAA